UAUUAGUGUCGAAGUGUCUAUUGUACACCUGAACAAAAGAUUUAAAAAUGUGAACGCCAUGUAUGUGCACUCUGUCGGAACUACAUUAUUAAUCUGAAACAGAACAAGCAUAGCAAACGGGUUUAACUGGGAUGUAUUAAAAUAUUAUCUUCUGGGGGUUUUCAUGGAAGUGGAUGAGAAAUGGGCGGAAAUCGAAAAAGGAACAGAAGAUGGGGUCAGAAUCAGCGACUGCCGGCGCAGUCUCAACCUUCUUCACAAUUCCCGUCGAGUUUCAGGAUUGGAGAGCACAUAGGGACGGAGGAUCGUGGCACAGAGUUUAAAGAUGGUCAAGGGUUUAUCGACAUUGACUUCCGUGCCAGUGUGGCGAAAUAUGUGUCAGCGUUUGUGAACAGCCAUGCACAUGGAACACUUUUCGCAGGCGUCAAUAAUGCAGGCCAUGUGACCGGCUACGAAAUAACCCAAUCAAAAGAGGAUCGUCUUAGACUUCAAAUUGAUGAAGCAAUCAAAGAUAUAAAGCCGAACUUAUUUCCAAACGACUACUCCGUCGUCUUCAUACCGGUAACAAAUCAGAAAGGAGAUCUAGCGGAUGGGUUUAGAACAGGACGGUACUCCGUUGUGAUAUGUAUCGAUGUUAACGGUGAUCGUAUAAACAACAAUAGGCAGCUUUACAGAACACGUCAAGGAACUUUUAUGAGAAGAGACGCCGGAGUGCAAUCUUUUGACUCACAGGAUAUCCAUGAGUUCUAUCAAAGGAGAAAUCAAAGUGAGAUGGAUCGGUUGAAGAAUGACCCUAAACAGAAAAACAAACAAAAAGACAAUCAGUUUGACAAAAGGAUUCGUGAAAUUGAAAAUAAACACAAACAGACGGAAGAAGCGUUGGAAAGAGAGAGACUGGAACUGCUUGCUAAAACUAAUAAACUGCAAGAAGAAAUAGAAAGGUUCAAACAGCAACGUGAGGAGAGUGUAGAUGCCCGAGGAACAGAGAGAAAUCAAAGUGAGAUGGAUCGGCUGAGGAGUGAUCUUAAACAGACAACCGAACAAAAAGACAAUGAGUUUGACAGAAGAAUGCGUGAACUUGAAAAUGAAUACAAACAGAAAGAGGAAUCUUUGGAAAGAGAGAGGCUGGAACUGCUUGCUAAAACUAAUAAACAGCAAGAAGAAAUAGAAAGGUUUAAACAGCAAUGGAAGGAGAAUGUAGAGGUCCGAGGAGCAGAGGCGUCAAAACAGACCCAAGAAGAAAGGCGGAAACCUAGUGGCAAAACUGAUACAAAAUCAAAACUGUGUACGAUAUCCUAGAACAUGAAUUGGGUGAUCUCAUUUGACUUACUGGUAUUGUUUUCUUAGUAUUGCGUUUUUAUGAAUAAAAUGAAUAUUCGUUUUC